CCAGUGCAGCUUCUGAUGCUACCUCCGUCGUCGUCCUCCUCCUCCGUCCGGGUACUCCUCUUCACGUUAGUACUCCUCCCCUACCACACUAGGGCUAGGGAAGGGAAGGGAUUCGAUUCUCCUCCGCUCCACAUCAAAAUCGAGCAAGCCCAAGGCGGAAGGCGCCCUGCUUCUCCUUCUCUGCCUCAACCUACCGCCGAGACAUUAGACUAGAUGGCCGCAAAAUCGAAACCCUCCAAGAUCUCCAUUUUCGGGGCCAAAGCUGGAUUUCUCAUACCCAAGAACAAGCUCCCUGGCUCACUCAUUGCCCGUUCCAGUUCCAACGCCAAGAAUGAAUCACCUACUGCUUCUUCUUCUGCUGCUGCUUCCUCCAACUCCAAGUCCAAGGAAGACAACAACAACAACUCUACUCAAAGAAACACUAAAUGGGGCCCGGAUCUCACCCUGGAUCCUGCCGUCAGAAAAUCCAGAGCUUCGGCCUACCAGAGUCGACUGGAGCAAAUUACCAAGGAGCUGAUAUCGGGAUCCCUAGAGAUAAGUGAAAAUGAAGGCUCGAUAUCUACUGCAAGGGGCUCAAACUCUGAUGGUGCUAACAAUGAGAAAGAGAAUGUGCAGGGAAUGGUUGAGCUCUUGGAACUUGAAAGAAGAGAAAUUAUUGGUGAAAUACUCCAUUUAAAUCCAGGAUAUAAGGCUCCUGAAGACUACAAGCCUUUACUCAAGGAAACAAAAAUCCCUUUGCCUACAAAAACAUAUCCAGGGCAUAAUAUAAUUGGAGUUCUUAUGGGACCUGAGAGCAAUGCCCAGAAGCGACUACAGGAAGAAACCGGAGCUAAAAUACGAGUAUAUGGGAUUAAGAGAACCAACGGAGAGAAGAGUGAGAUUCACCAAGCAGACAUAGGUGAAGUGCAAGGUGCUUAUGAAGACCUGUACAUAAAUGUCUCAGCUGACACUCAUGACAAAGUAGAUGCUGCGACUGCACUGAUUGAGCUGCUUCUUACUCCUGUCUCUAUAAAUUCAAGGGCUAUUGAAGCAAAUGCUACUGUUUCAUCAGCAGUUAGCUCAGGCGGUGCAGAUUUAGCUGACCUGCGGCAGGUGCAGAACAACAGUUCUCAGCCAGGUUUUCUUCAGUACCAAUCACAUGAUGCUCACUGGCUAUCUACUUCCCAAGCCAAUGCUCCACCAAUUCCUUCCUCUGAGCCUCCGCCGAGUGCAUUACCUAACAAUUCUUUUCCGCUUCAGCCUCCUGGCGGUUCUUUGAGUACGCUUUCAUACACAGGACCACCACCUCUUAUGAAUAUCAUGCCAAGAAACCCAUUGCCUAUUCCUGGACCUCAGCCAUUGGUGUCAAACGCUCAACAACCUCCGCUUCAAUUCCAAGCAAACCCCUCAAUUGGGUCUCCCUUUGGUAGACCCCCUGGAAUUGUAAGCCCGCAACUAACUCCAUCUUCCACAUUGCCGCGGUCUGUUAGACCUCUUCAAACACCCCAUGCAUCUGGAGGAUGGCUAAAUUUUUCUUCUGUUCCAGUGCAAUCUCAGAGGCCUUCACCAGCUUUUAUGCCAGUGAGACCUCCUAUUUCCGUGUCUCCUCUUGUUUCAAGUCCACAGCUGGAAGGUGCCGCUGUUCCAUCGUUUCCUCGUCAAUCAAAUAUCUCCACAAGCUAUGGCACUCAGCAUCAUCCAUCAGGCGCAAGCUUUGCAUCUUCAGCAACAAUGCCUUCCAUACCUCCUGGUGCCCCCCAAUUGUCACCUCAGGGUCCUUCCUCAAUGCCAGUGCUGUCGUCUCCUGCUGGGUUAACAACACAGCCACCUUAUCCGCUGCCGAUGCAAAUGCGUCCUCCCAUGGCAACACCUGCUCAAAUGAGAGGCCCGCCUUCACCUUUCCCUCAGACUGGGCCAACUCCUGGCAUGCCACCUGCUGGCGGGUUUGGUGUGCCUGGUUCUGGAAACAUGACCGCUAUGAGGCCACCACGCCCAAGCAGCGGUGAUUUUACCUUUCGGCCUCUUGUGUCAGCUUCACCAACACCAGAGCUUGGAGCAUCAGGCAGUCAAGUGCCAUUAUUCCAUCCUGGCAACCAGAGACCACCUAUGGCGCGAGUUGAAGGUUUCCAAAGGCCUAUUGAUAUGGGUCAUCAGGGCCGGGCGUAUGCCACUGGUCCACCGCAUCCACAUCAACAUCCACAUCCACAUGCACACUUUGGUGGUGGAGGCUUCCUCCCAAGGAAUCCAGCUGCAUCUGUGCUUCAAUCGGCAGGGACAAGGGGGUUUGUUGGAGCUUUCCCUCUCCCGCCAGCGGCAGUUGAAGCACAACGGCCGUUUCAUGUGUUGGCACAAGCACAACAGAAGCCAAUAUACGAUCCAUUUGUGCCGAGUGGUGCAGUAAUGUCAGGAGGACCUGGAGGUGGAGGAGGAAGAAAAAGGAAGACGGAGGAUGACAAGGCUGAGUACGAGGAUCUCAUGGCGUCCGUUGGUGUCAAGUGACAUAUGCACUUUCUUUCUUGAGAAGAGUUGGGAUCUUUCUUUCUUUCUUGAGAAGAGUUCAUUUGCUACUAGUUGACUUUAUUAGACUACACUAGACUAGAAGAGUAUAGGAUGAGUAAUUUUGGCAUUAAAGGAUAGUAGAAGAGAAGAAUGACUGAAUGUUUGUUUGUCUGUUAUUGAUCACUUGUAUGUUUUGGUAUAUUGAUCGAUGAUGAAAUUAAAGCAUCGUAAUGUCUUGUUUCCUCUUAUGUUGUCCUGUUUGGAGAAAAUUAAGGAAAAUCUUUGAUGCAUUAUUUAUGCUA